AUGUCGUGGGGACUGGCUUGGAAACGGCCGUUGGAUACUUUCCACGUGACGUUAAGCUACGGAGCCGACGAGGGGAUUGACGAUGCUAGCCCUAGGUCAUCGCGAUCGUCAUCCGCAUCGUUGCCGGAGGCCGGCGUCGGUGGUUCCUCACCUUCCUUCCCGUCUUCCCCGACAAUGGUGGUUUCCGAGAGCAGUCAAGAUCAAUUGGGUUUCCGAAUCGAACUGGAAUGGAAUGCCGGAGAGGACGAGGAUCAGGUCGUUCUCCGGCUCCAGUCCCAGGUCAUGGUGGCGCUGCCUUCGCCGCAGGACGCCGUCGAACUCGAAUUGAAGGAGAAAGCGGUUGAGUUAGAGGAAUCGGGGAAUGGCGGGAUUGAGGCGGCGGUGGGGGUGGAGAUGAGAGUGGUGAGGAGGAGGGAACCAUUGAAGGGACUGAUAAUGUGGAGGUCCGGCGGAUCAGGGCAGCAGAGCGAUGGUAUGGGGGUGUUGCUGAAGUUGCUCAAGUCAAAUUUUGCUAAUGGUGUUGGUGGUGGGACCGGAGCAGCUGAAGUUGCCGUCGGGCCUGGGGUUACUGGUUUGGGAUGUUCAGAGCAUUGGAGGAGUGUAUCUGUCGUCAGCCUUUGUGGUCUUGGAUUAUCGAUCUUGCCAGUGGAGGUUGCUCAACUGACUCUACUUGAGAAGCUGUAUCUUGAUAAUAAUAAGCUGUCAACUUUGCCUCCUGAGCUUGGCGGGUUGAAAAAUUUGAAAGUUCUUGCAGUUGACUUUAACCAAUUGGUCUCUGUUCCUGUUGAGCUAAAACAGUGCGAUGGAUUAGUUGAAUUGUCUCUGGAGCACAACAAAUUGGUGCGGCCGCUUCUGGAUUUCAGAUUGAUGGCUGAGUUGCAUGUUUUAAGGCUAUUUGGGAAUCCCUUGGAAUUUCUCCCUGACAUUUUGCCAUUGCAUAGACUUCGACAUUUAUCCCUUGCCAACAUUAGGAUUGUUGCAGAUGACAAUUUGAGAUCGGUGAAUGUGCAAAUAGAGACGGAGAAUAGUUCGUACUUUGUUGCAUCCCGACACAAACUUAGUGCCUUCUUUUCUCUCGUAUUCCGGUUCUCCUCUUGUCACCAUCCAUUGCUUGCAUCUGCCCUUGCAAAAAUAAUGCAAGAUGAGGGGAACCGGGUAGUUGUUGGAAAAGAUGAGAAUGCUGUGAGGCAGCUCAUUAGUAUGAUAAGUAGUGACAAUCAGCAUGUGGUUGAGCAAGCUUGCUCUGCUCUUUCUUCCCUUGCUUCAGAUGUUUCAGUGGCAAUGCAGUUGAUAAAGUCAGACAUAAUGCAACCUAUUCAAGGAGUAUUAAAAUCUGCAAGUGAAGAAGAAGUGAUCUCUGUGUUGCAAGUGGUGGUCAAGUUGGCCUUUACAUCUGAUAUUGUUGCACAGAAAAUGUUGACAAAGGAUCUAGUGAAAUCUUUGAAGACACUAUGCGGACACAAAAACAAAGAGGUGCAAAGAUUGGCUUUAUUUGCUGUUGGGAAUUUGGCUUUUUGCUUAGAGAAUCGUCGUACACUAGUUACUUCAGAAAGUUUGCGAGAUCUUCUUCUGCGGCUGACUGUUGCAUCUGAAUCACGGGUGAAUAAAGCUGCAGCACGUGCUUUAGCUAUACUAGGGGAGAAUGAGGUUUUGAGGCGUGCUAUUAGAGGCAGGCAGGUUCCAAAACGUGGCCUGCGUAUUCUUUCAAUGGAUGGUGGUGGCAUGAAAGGUUUGGCGACAGUCAGGAUGCUUAAGGAAAUUGAGAAGGGUACAGGCAAGCAGAUACAUGAGCUAUUUGACCUUAUAUGUGGUACAUCAACUGGUGGCAUGCUUGCAGUUGCUCUUGGAAUCCAAAAGUUGUCCUUGGAAAAAUGUGAGGAGAUUUACAAAAAGCUAGGAAAACUUGUUUUUGCUGAACCAAUUCCGAAGGACAAUGAAGCAGCAAGUUGGAGAGAAAAAUUGGAUCAGCUGUACAAGAGCUCAUCGCAGAGUUUCAGAGUUGUCGUGCACGGAUCUAAACACAGUGCAGAUCAGUUUGAGAGGUUGCUAAAGGAGAUGUGUGCUGAUGAGGAUGGGGAUCUUCUGAUAGAGUCAGCUGUAAAGGGAAUUCCCAAAGUUUUUGUGGUGUCGACUCUUGUCAGUGUUGCUCCAGCUCAGCCUUUCAUAUUCCGCAAUUACCAGUACCCUGCUGGGACACCGGAGAUCUCUUCUGUGGUUUCUGAAAACUUGGCUACAGGUGGCCUAGGAGCUGCAACCACUGGAGCUCAGGUUGGAUCCAAACGAAAUGCCUUUCUUGGAAGUUGUAAGCAUCACAUUUGGCAGGCCAUAAGAGCAUCUUCUGCAGCACCAUAUUACCUCGAUGAUUUUUCUGAUGGUGUAUACCGCUGGCAAGAUGGAGCAAUUGUGGCAAACAAUCCCACCAUAUUUGCAAUUAGGGAAGCACAACUAUUAUGGCCGGAUGCUCGAAUUGACAGUUUAGUUUCACUUGGAUGUUGUUCUGUCCCAACAAAGGUUCGUAAAGGCGGAUGGCGUUAUCUGGAUACUGGUCAGGUGUUAAUUGAAAGUGCAUGCUCAGUUGAUAGAGUGGAGGAAGCUUUGAGCACAUUGCUGACUAUGCUUCCUGAUGUAGAAUACUUUCGGUUUAAUCCAGUCGAUGAGCGCUGUGAGAUGGAGCUGGAUGAGACUGAUCCAACCGUUUGGUUGAAAUUAGAGGCGGCAACUGAUGAUUAUAUUCAGAAAAACUCAAUGUCAUUUAAGAACUUAUGUGAACGGCUGCUGGAGAGUUCAAGUGACGAUAAAGUUCCUGAUUUUAUUAAGUCACAGCAACUUUCAAAAGCAAAAGGUGAUAAUAGCCCUUCUUUGGGCUGGAGGCGGGGUGUGCUUCUUGUUGAGGCUUCAAAUAGUCCAGAUUCUGGUAGAGUUUUUCAUCAUGCCCGUUCUCUUGAGACAUUUUGUGCUCGUUCUGGUAUAAGGUUAUCAUUGGUGAAUGAUGUAUCGGGGGUCCAGAAGGGAGCUGCAGGAUCAACAUUUGCAACUUCAUAUGCAUCACCUUUGUUUACUGGGAGCUUUCCGUCGAGUCCUAUGUUUUACAGUCCUGAUUUUGGUUCCUCAAGGAUUGGUAGGAUUGAUUUAGUUCCUCCUUUAAGCUUGGAUGGUCCUCAGUCUGCAAAAACAACUGUGUCACCACCUGACUCGCCCGCAAGACGCAGACAGCUUAGUAUACCUGUCCUUUCAUUGCAUGAAAAACUUCGUAACUCACCACAAGUUGGAGUUAUCCAUUUGGCGCUGCAAAAUGAUGUGCAUGGCUCUAUAUUAAGUUGGCAGAAUGAUGUUUUUGUGGUUGCUGAACCUGGAGAACUAGCUGACAAGUUUCUGCAGAGUGUCAAAUAUAGUCUACUUACCGUGAUGAGAGGCCGGAGAAGGAAAUAUGCAUCGCGCAUUGCAAACAUAUGUACGGUAUCUGAUUUGGUUUCCUGUAGGCCCUACUUUCAAAUUGGAGGUGUUGUUCAUCGUUAUAUCGGUCGACAGACACAAGUUAUGGAAGAUGAUCGAGAAAUUGCUGCCUAUAUGUUCCGCAGAACAGUUCCUUCUGUGCACUUGACAUGGGAAGAUGUCCGACUAAUGGUUGGAGCUUGGAGGGAUAGGAUUAUAAUCUUCACAGGCAUUUAUGGGCCCACACCGCCAUUAAUAAAAGCACUUAUUGAUUCUGGUGCUAAAGCUGUGGUAUGCCCUUCCGCAGAACCUGAAGAAAUACAGUUGACAUCAUUCCAUGGAUCAGGUGAUCCUUAUGCUGUAGAUAAUGGGAAGUUUGAGAUAGGAGAUGAAGAACCAGAAGAUGAAGAAGUGCCUGUAAGUCCGACAAGUGACUGGGAAGACAUUGAACCUGAGAAAAAUGGAGAGCAGACGAAUAGUUUCUGGGACGACGAAGAAGAGGAGUUAUCUCAGUUUGUCUGCCAGUUAUACGACUCACUCUUCAAGGGUGGUUCGACAGCGGAUGUUGCCUUACAAAACGCCCUAGCCAUGCAUCGUAACCUCAGAUAUUCAUGCCACCUUCCUCGGACAACGUGA